GCACUCAAAACAACGCAUUAAUGUUUGGAUUUCCUCGAAUUUUUGAAUUUGACAGGACAUGGAGCCGAGUUUGUACAAGGGAAAUGCAAUUUUCCAAAACCAACCAUCGUAUAAGGUAUUUAACAAAUCAUUUGAGCAUGCGGACGACUCCUUCUACACAUAUUUGAACGAAGUGAACCCGGAGGUGCUCAGGCAAGAGCUGGAAGGUCCCUCGACAGUCUUCACAUCGUACAGCAACCACACGGCGCCACAGGACCCGCGCACACAACAGCCUGCAAGUGAAUCCACACGGGACCACUCAAGUCAACUGCUGCACUACAAGUUUCCCAAUGUUAGGGAGAAACAUUCCGCGCUGAAUCGCAAGCAACAGGCGGCGUGUGUCAGGGUGCUGCUGGCAUGGCAACGCAACGAACGGGUGCCCGAGGAAGAUUUUGUGAUAUGGCGCGUCACCGAGAAGAAACGCUGCACGGAAUAUCAAAUGUUCCAAAAAGAUGUCCAUGACUAUGAAACGACUCAGCGGGAGCAGCUCUACGCGCCACUGAAGCGGAUUAUUCAGGCCUACAAAGUGUGGCAUGAGCGGCGCAUGAAACAGCUGCUAACGGACGUACCCAAUGAGUGCUAUGUGACGUACUCAGGUCUGCCACAGCUGGGCCAAUGCAAGAGCCUCAAUCCACAGACCGCCAGCGUGGAGGAUGUGAAGCUGCUGCGGAUUGUGGGCCAGGUAAGGCUGUGCCCGGAGUUGCAGCUAAAGCGAGAGGAACUGAUGACACUGAAUGUGCGUCUUGGUCGCUAUGCUGGCAUAGAAACCAUCUACCCAGCAAUGCCAAUGCUGCCAGAGCCGGAAGAGUGCAAAAUCUUCGUGCUGCCCCUGGAAUCGCUGCUGAUGCUGUUGACCACCGGCGCAUAUGUGGAUCUGCCCACGGAAAUGUUGCUAACCAUUAAAGAAACGUCUGGCAGUGACUGCAGAUGCAUCGAAUUCCACGAACCCUUUCCAGCGCGCAACUGCGGCUGGCACACCAGCGGCUUGCUGCUGACACAAGCCUAUCAGGUGUACAAGGCGCAGCCCGGGGAGGACAAGUGGCUAACGUUUGACCAGAAUGGCAGACUAAAACAUGACCCAGCUCUACCCUCAGCUGCAAACUUAUCUGUGGAUCUGCAAAUGGAUUACAAACUGCAACAAGUGGACAUGGAAUCGACUGCCAUGGAGCCGGCCAACUCGAACAUAGCCAUGAUUAGCUGGUGCCUAAGUAGCCAGGGGGAUGAUGAACCUGCUGCUGCCGACUCCCGCGAAGAGUUUCAAAUUUAUAGCAGCGUAACGCUGGCAGCUGUGAGCGAUGUGCAGGGCAAGCAGCCACUCGGCUGUCACUUCAUCAAGCUGGAGAACAAACCCGACUGCGGCUGCGAGAUUAUGUCCAAAUAUGAGCUGCUCAAGGCUUGGCUGCAACUGAAGCUGCUGCAAGCGGAUGUGGGGCACUGCAGUCGCGUUUCGUUGCGUGACUUUGAGCCAAUGCUCGAGGAGAAGCUGACACUGGCAGCGCUGGAGAAGACGCUGCACGACUACUACAACACGAGCAUGCCGCAGUUGCUCUCGCAUUUGUGUGAAUUUCUCAAACUUUUUAAUGCUAUUCCAGCGGGGCAGUACUUGCUGCGGACUUCAGCCAAGCACAAGGACAAGUUUUUGCUGUGUAAACCCAUACAGGAGGCCACACCACAGAGCUUCAAGCUGCACGAACUGCUGACGGGCAUAGCGCCCAGUGAUGAAUGUUUCCUCAGCCAAAGCAGCUACUUGCCCAUCUCGACGACACUCUGCAGCCGGCUGCAUGAAGAGCAGCAGCUGCUGCCCUGCCUAUUUCCAACUAAUGUCAAACGCCAGCCAGUGAAACGUCGCAAUAAGGUGCCCGCCAUUGAGCCACGACGGCAGCCACUCAACUGGAGAAUCACAGCCCAAAAGGAGGCGCAGCGUCAAAAAACGAAACGGGCGCAGAAGCUGCGAGCCAAGGCAAAAAAGAAGCAAGUGGCGAAAAAUGUCGAAAAUGCUGACAAAGAGUUGGACAAAUUUAUGGGUCUGUGAGGGGCCACAGAGACCAUCCUAUUGCACUGUUUAAAUGUA